AUGCAAGAUCAACUUUCAAGUAACAGAGAAGAAUUUAAAAAUUUGCUCAAUAGCAAGGCGGAAGACAAGGAUAUUGAUGUGAAAAGUGAUAUUGACAACAAACUAUAAUACAGCUAAAGAGGAAAUGAACAUAACCUGACAUUCGUUGGGCUAAACUUAGACAUAGAUGACAAUAGAUAUGAUAAUGAAGACUUAAUUUUUAAUGAGCCUGAAGAGAAAAAACAAUUAUCACCCAGAGUUUAUAGAGAUAAAAAGAAGAGAGACAUCGAUACAAUUCAUAAAAAACUUGAGAGAAUGGAUACAAACUACACAGAGCUAGAGGAUAUGUUUAACGAUGAGAUGCAAUCGAAGGAAAUGGAUAUUGAGCAACUUGACCCAAGGGAUAUGUUGUAGAAAGAAUCUACUCUAGAGUUCAAUGAGCUUAAAAGACUAGAAAAGGAAUUGAGAAAAGUUGAAGCUGAGAAAGUUUCAUUGCUAAAGAAAGAAGGAUACAGUGAGCAAAACCUUCUUUUAACUAAAGCCUCAAGAGCCAUGUCAUUAUAGGAGCUAGAAGCAUAAUUUGAAUUCAAAGCAAGAGAAAGGGAGAGAUCCUUAACAAAACUGUACGGUAGAUUGAAUUCUAAAAUAAAAUCUUAGAUUCUAUCUAAUGAAGGAACUUCCAAGUUUUAAAUAAGGAAGUUACCUCCAUAUCAGAAGGAUAAGCAGAAAGCCUCUAGAAUGUUUGAGGGCAUAAGAGAUCAAAAGGUUGGUGCUCGGUGGCUCAAGACACCUUAGCCAGUAGAAAUUAAAACCAUGAUGAUAAGAGGUCUAAAAGACAAAGUGCCAAAAGGUAACUAUGUUAUUAGAUGCGGAGUUCUAGAUAGAAUGAUAGAAAAUAAGAUCUACUACAAAUUCCUAGAGUAUGGAGCAAAGGUAAGAGCUGAAGAAGAAGCAAAAAAGGUCAAAGAUGAAGAGGAAAAAUUGAAAAAUGAGGAAGAUAGGAUUUAAAAUAAGGCAUUAUUUAACACCUCAUCUGCAAUAUUAUCACAGAAAGAUGAAUCUAAAAAUAAUAUUAAUGACGAAAGGGAUGAAAGUGAGGAACUCUUACUGUAAAAAGAAUAGAAUGAUGAGGAAAAGUAGUUAGUACUAUUUAAAGAUACCAUACCUAGUGCUAGAAGACUUGACUCUAGGUCUGACGUAGAUGAAGAUGAUGAGAAUCAUGCUGUAAAGUUUGGCAGAGAUGUCAAAAAGUAGGAGGAUGAUGACUUGGAAAACGAUACUAAAACUAAAAAUGAGCACUUCAGGGCUAGUUUAAGAUAAAUGAACUCCAAAUUUAAGGAUGAAGAGUCUGAUAAAGGAAAUGAGCAAAGUGAUUUUGAAAAAAUGGCCAGAUAUUCGUUGUAUAAGCCUUAAGGAGGGGAAUUGACAACUAAUGCAAAAAAUCAAAACAUGGAAAAAGUUUGGAUUGACUUUGGCAAGUAACAUACUAAGCUUGUUGAGUUUGAAGCAAACCCAAGCUCAGAUGAGAUGACCUUUGGUGGGCAUAAACUUUAUCAUAUAGUGCCACCAAAUAUGUACCUUGUCCCAUCGAAUGUUCUUAUAUUUGAGUUGAUAUGGUUGAGCUCACAAACCCAAAAGAAUGACUAUGUUGCUGCAUGGGGUGCUUUUCCUUUAGUUAACGGAGAUUUCGAGAUCAAUGAGGGCAAGUUUAAAUUGCCUUUGCUUAAUGGUGAUAUUGACUUUACAAGUAACAAAUUUAAGGAUAUUGAGAAAAAGUAUAUUAGAAAUAUUGAUGAGUGGCUUGGUAAUUUAUACAUCUAAGUCAAAAAAUUUGAGUUGGUUGAUUUCUAGAUGUAUAAUUAGAGAAUUGAAUUUAAAAUACCCAUUGAGGAGUAAAAGAAACUUAAAAAGGAAAGAAAAGAAUAAGUUAAGGAUAAAUUCUCAUUGAUUCCUAAACCAGUAGAGAUGAGUUUCGAUGAUGAGGCUGAAAAAGAAGAACAAGGGGAGCAGCCCAAAAGUGAUGAUGAAUCAGACUUUGAAGAUAGCCACGAUUAAUACUAUGGCUUAGACGACGAUUAAAAUAUCGACUAUUAUUCAUACAAAUAUAAGAUUUAGUAAGCCAACUAUGACCUAAGAAGUUACUUUGAAAACAAAGAUCUCACUAUCAGAAAAAUAUAAUAUGUAACAGGAGAGAUCUUAGCUGACUUAGGUAUAAAGAAACUUUAAAUUGGAAAUGGAAUCUAAACACUUCUUAUUGCAUUUAUAGUAAUAUGGCUGAGAAUGGUUAUCCAUUAUCUUGGUUAGUACAUUAUUCUAAAAGCAAUGAAUGCACCAGUUAUAAGUUUAGAACUUCAUUGGUAUAAAAUCAGAAUAAACUAUGCUUUCUGGAAUAUUGGGUAAGAAGUAGCAGUUAUUACUAUUGGUGUUGUAGCAAAUAUGUUUAUCCUUGGCAUGCUCAUUCUUAUAUGCUACUUAUCUUAGAAAUAUAUAUUCUGCUUCCCAAGGUCAUUCUGCAGAUUCAUUGCCUGGUAUGGCCUAGCUACAGUUUUUGAUUUCUUCCUAAUAGCAGUGAUAGAUUUUGCAGCUCAAGAAUGGGAUGGAGAUCUAUUCAAACUGUACAUAUAUUAUAACAAGGCUAACAGCUCAGGCUUUGUGGGUUACUUCCUUACCUUUAUUAUUCAGCUUGGUCUAUUGAUUGUGAAUAUGUUCAUAUUUUAUAACUACAUAGUAUUCGUUCAUUUAGAUGGUAGACUUGCUGACAUUUGGUCUAGAAUUAGCGGAAAGAUAAAGAACUUUUUCAUUCCAUUUGAUAAUGAAGUUAGCUUCAACUAUUUGAGACAUCUGUAUCAGAUUGGGGAAAUCAAUAAUAACAGGAUAAUAGUCAAUUAAGUUAUGACUAAUGAUGCGAUAAAAAGAUUAGAUAAUACCUCCAAAAUGGUUCACUUUUAUAAGUUUGAAUCUGAAAUAUCACUUGAAUCUGGCAGAGUAUUUUAUGUAAAUCAUAAGGGCUAGAUAUAAGAAAUUUGCCUUAAUCAAAUUGGAAGUAAGACGGAUGAUAGCAACGUAGAUUACUACAUAAAGAAUAUUAGGAAUUUCAUCGAUACUUAAGAUAAUUUCUCGCCAGUACUUAAAUUCAACAAUGAAAAUGGUCGUAGAAAUAGUGCAACUGAUUUAUUUAAAAAGGGAGAACUUGUAGGAAUGAAAAGAUAAAUGACUUAACAAAGUGAUCUAAAGACAGUCAAGAAUAAGGAUAAACUGUUUGAUGAGUUCAAGAAUGCUAGCAAUCCAUUCAAAGCCUCAGCAUCUGGCAAAAAUUCAAGCAAAAAUAGAAAAAGAAAUUCAGUAGGUCCUAAGAAUAUAAAAGCAGUUUAUGAUUCAAUUAGAAACAUGCCUCUCUCAGUAAAGUCAAGAAAGAGUAAUGCAGCAUCAGGCUAUAUUUAGGUAUAAGAAGCUGUUUAAGAUUCAAUGAGAAGCAUGGAUUCAAAUGAUGAACAAGAGCACUAUGCUAAAUUCGGUUCAAAUAUUCACAGAAUCAGUAGUAUCCACCAAGAUCAGGACGUUAUGACAAGAAUGAAUAAUAUGAUUAAUUAAGUUGAGGAAUAUGGCGAAGAUUCUGAUGCCAAGAUUGUUAAGAAAAAGGUUGGCAAGGGGAAGUAGAUAGAGUAAAGUAAGUUCUACGACCCAGUUAGUGGAAGUAAAGAGGCUUCUAAGGAUUAUAACAGCAAUUACUAGAAGAUGAUUUUCGUUAUGAAUGAUUCCAUGAGAGAUAUUGAAUUCAUGUUGAAGCGAGAAUAAUUUAUUAUAAAGCAAUACUAGAACUUGAUCAAUCAAGGGUUGCCUGGAGGAAUAUACUUGACUUAAGAGCAGCCAGAAUUAAAUGAACAAAUCAAAAUCUGGAAUGGUGUCAUCUUUGUAAGAAGUGGGCUGUACGAAGGUGCAGCAUUCAAGUUCAAUUUAAUAUUCCCUGAUAGGUUUCCAUUGAGACAUCCAUAAAUAUAAUUCCUAAAUAAGAUAUUUCAUCCUCUCAUAGAUUUUGACUCUGGUUACCUUGACUAUUCUAUCAUCAUUGAUCAAAACAAAGAAAACAGCUAUUAUUAGCCUGAGAAUAAUAGCAGCACAUAUAGAACAAGUUUACCUAUAUUUCAAGAUGGAUUCUUUGUAGACUUAAUGCAAUUUAUCUGGAAUGUAUUCUAUGACACUAAAUAUCUGAAAAUUUCUACCUCCUUUAACAAAAAAGCAGCAGAACUAUACAAAUUCAAUCUUCUUGAAUUUCUCUAAAGCGCUAGGCUUUCAGUAGAAUUCUCAAACAAAGCUAUUGAAGUAUGCCAGUUCAAUGAAGAAGAUUUAACAAUGCUUAACUUAAAGAUAAAUUAUGAGAACCAAGAGGAAAUUGCUAAUGUAUAAAGGUUUCAACUAUAGAUUAAGUAAAAGAUAUAGGACUAUGAGAAGUAAGGCUUAAAUAAGGAUCAGAUUAUAGAGAAUAUUACUCAGGAUUUACUAAGUGAAAUAUAAUCAAAUGUAAGUGCUUAAUCAGCCCAAUGA